AGGGCUGCCAGAUCAGUUUGUCACCACCCAGGCUCCCUAGCCUUUGGCUGGGUGCAACUUCCAUUUUAGGUGUUGGAUCUGAGAGAAAAAAAAAGAGGGAGAGAGAGAAAGAAGAGCAGGAAAGACCCUGAAAGGAGGAAGAGGUGGCGAAAAAUCAACUCCCUUGCUGGAUUUGUCUUUCUCAGCACGUUGACGAAGGCUUGGGUUUCUUUCUUAGAGGACUGGUUUCUAGAAGUCCACAUUUGAGCUCUCUCCUUCCUGCUUCCUCCUUGCUGUGGUGGCUGGGAUGCUUCUGUGAUUUUUUUGAAUCUAGACUGGGCUGUACUCUGUUAAACCAAUCAGUCACGACCUUCUCUCAACAGUGUGAAGUGAGGGGACCUUCUCCCUCCUUCCUCCUCCCUCUGUGAUCCACCUUCCUUUUUACCUUGCCCUGCGGCGGCUCUGCCCCUUACCUUCAUGGACGACUCAGAGGUGGAGUCGACCGCCAGCAUCUUGGCCUCUGUGAAGGAACAAGAGGCCCAGUUUGAGAAGCUGACCCGGGCGCUGGAGGAGGAACGGCGCCACGUCUCGGCGCAGCUGGAACGCGUCCGGGUCUCACCACAAGAUGCCAACACGCUCAUGGCCAACGGCACCCUCACCCGCCGGCAUCAGAACGGCCGAUUUGUGGGCGAUGCUGACCUUGAGCGACAGAAAUUUUCAGAUCUAAAACUCAACGGACCCCAGGAUCACAGUCACCUUCUGUAUAGCACCAUCCCCAGGAUGCAGGAGCCAGGGCAGAUCGUGGAGACCUACACAGAGGAAGACCCUGAGGGAGCCAUGUCUGUUGUCUCCGUGGAGACCUCAGAUGAUGGAACCACUAGGCGCACAGAGACCACAGUCAAGAAAGUGGUGAAGACCGUGACAACACGGACCGUACAGCCAGUCCCUAUGGGACCAGAUGGGCUGCCCGUGGAUGCCUCAUCCGUUUCUAACAACUACAUCCAGACUCUGGGUCGUGACUUCCGCAAGAAUGGCAAUGGGGGACCUGGUCCCUAUGUGGGGCAGGCCGGCACUGCUACCCUUCCCAGGAACUUCCACUACCCUCCCGAUGGAUAUAGCCGCCACUAUGAAGAUGGUUAUCCAAGUAGCAGUGACAACUAUGGCAGUCUGUCCCGGGUGACCCGCAUUGAGGAGCGAUACAGGCCCAGCAUGGAGGGUUACCGGGCACCCAGUAGACAGGAUGUGUAUGGGCCCCAGCCCCAGGUUCGGGUAGGUGGGAGCAGCGUGGAUCUGCAUCGCUUUCAUCCAGAGCCUUAUGGGCUUGAGGAUGACCAGCGUAGCAUGGGCUACGAUGACCUGGAUUAUGGCAUGAUGUCCGAUUAUGGCACUGGCCGUCGGACUGGGACACCCUCUGACCCUCGGCGACGCCUCAGGAGCUAUGAAGACAUGAUUGGUGAGGAGGUGCCAUCAGACCAGUACUACUGGGCUCCUUUGGCCCAGCACGAACGCGGAAGUUUAGCAAGCUUGGAUAGCCUGCGCAAGGGAGGACCUCCACCCCCCAACUGGAGACAGCCAGAGCUGCCAGAGGUGAUAGCCAUGCUAGGAUUCCGUUUGGAUGCUGUCAAGUCCAAUGCAGCUGCAUACCUGCAACACUUGUGCUACCGCAAUGACAAAGUGAAGACUGAUGUUCGGAAGCUCAAGGGCAUCCCAGUACUGGUGGGAUUGUUAGACCACCCCAAAAAGGAAGUGCACCUUGGUGCCUGUGGAGCUCUCAAGAAUAUCUCUUUUGGACGUGACCAGGAUAACAAGAUAGCUAUAAAAAACUGUGAUGGUGUUCCUGCUCUUGUGAGAUUACUCCGAAAGGCUCGUGAUAUGGACCUCACUGAAGUUAUUACUGGAACCCUGUGGAAUCUCUCAUCCCAUGACUCAAUCAAGAUGGAGAUUGUGGACCAUGCACUGCAUGCCUUGACAGAUGAAGUGAUCAUUCCGCAUUCUGGUUGGGAACGGGAGCCUAAUGAAGAUUGUAAGCCACGCCAUAUUGAGUGGGAGUCGGUGCUCACCAACACAGCUGGCUGCCUUAGGAAUGUCAGCUCCGAGAGGAGUGAAGCUCGCCGGAAACUUCGGGAAUGUGAUGGUUUGGUGGACGCUCUCAUUUUCAUUGUUCAGGCUGAGAUUGGACAGAAAGAUUCAGACAGCAAGCUUGUGGAGAACUGUGUUUGCCUCCUUCGGAACUUGUCAUAUCAAGUUCACCGGGAAAUCCCACAGGCAGAACGAUACCAAGAGGCACCUCCCAAUGUUGCCAACAAUACUGGGCCACAUGCUGCCAGUUGCUUUGGGGCCAAGAAGGGCAAAGAUGAGUGGUUCUCCAGAGGGAAAAAACCCACAGAGGAUCCAGCAAAUGAUGCAGUGGAUUUCCCUAAAAGAACUAGUCCUGCUCGAGGCUAUGAACUUUUAUUUCAACCAGAGGUGGUUCGGAUAUAUAUCUCACUCCUCAAAGAGAGCAAGACUCCUGCCAUCCUAGAAGCCUCAGCCGGGGCCAUCCAGAACUUGUGUGCUGGGCGCUGGACGUAUGGUCGAUACAUCCGCUCAGCUCUGCGUCAAGAAAAGGCUCUUUCUGCCAUUGCUGACCUCCUGACUAAUGAACAUGAGCGGGUUGUGAAAGCUGCAUCUGGAGCACUAAGAAAUCUGGCUGUAGAUGCUCGCAACAAAGAGUUAAUUGGUAAACACGCUAUUCCUAACUUGGUAAAAAAUCUGCCAGGAGGGCAACAGAGCUCUUCCCAGAAUUUUUCUGAGGACACUGUGGUCUCUAUCCUGAACACCAUCAAUGAAGUUAUUGCCGAGAACUUGGAGGCUGCCAAAAAGCUUCGAGAGACACAGGGGAUUGAGAAGUUGGUUUUGAUCAACAAAUCAGGGAACCGCUCAGAAAAGGAAGUUCGGGCAGCAGCACUUGUAUUACAGACAAUCUGGGGAUAUAAGGAAUUGCGGAAGCCACUGGAAAAAGAAGGAUGGAAGAAAUCAGACUUUCAGGUGAAUCUAAACAAUGCUUCACGAAGCCAGAGCAGUCAUUCAUAUGACGAUAGCACUCUUCCUCUCAUUGAUCGGAACCAGAAAUCAGAUAAGAAACCUGAUCGGGAAGAAAUUCAGAUGAGCAGUAUGGGAUCAAACACAAAAUCAUUAGAUAACAACUAUUCCACAUUGAAUGAGAGAGGGGACCACAAUAGAACACUGGAUCGAUCUGGGGAUCUAGGUGAAAUGGAGCCAUUGAAGGGAACACCCCUGAUGCAGGACGAGGGGCAGGAAUCUCUGGAGGAAGAGUUGGAUGUGUUGGUUUUGGAUGAUGAGGGGGACCAAAUGUCUUACCCCCCCAUGCAGAAGAUUUAGCACCACUCUCUCCGCUACAUCUGGGCUUAUAAUAUAUGUACUUUUAUUUUUUGGUGGUGAAACGGACUGAUGAUUUUUCCCUUUCUUCGCUGGACUAUUGUGCCAACUGCCAGGCUGCCUCCUGCCCUUAUAGCCCUCAGUGGCUGCCUUCUUUCCAUCAACUCCCUAACUUCUUCCAGUGAAAGCUUAAUUGUCCUUGCUCCCACCUCCAGAUCCCCUCCAGUUACUCCCAAGAAGCCUGACUCAGUUAUAUGCCUAUCUUGAGAAACUGCUGCAGAUUAGCUCUUUUUGCCAGCUCUCCCCGGAACUCUUGGCCUUGUGUGGAGGGAGGGAGAGAGUGGGAAUCUUCACUGGAAGCCGUGGGAAGAAUUGGAAAUUACAUGCUAUAUAUGCAGUAUCCAGCAAUCUGAUAAACUGAUGAUUCUUAAUCAAGAUUUUUUUUUUUUCCUGGUGGGGAAGGGACCUUUUAUUUUUGUUUUGGAGAAUGGAAAGUGUGAGCUCUUUAUUCCUAAUGACCAUUUUUGGAGCAAAGAAGGUCAGCAACAUUGGCACAUACCACCUGGCAAGGGCCCUUGAGUAAGUGAAGGUCUCCUAGAGCUGAGAUUAAGAAACUUUGCUCUACUCAUCUCCAGGGCAGGGACCAUCAAGGACCUACAGACUCCAUCUCUUCUCCAAGCCUCAUGCCAACCCUGGGUUGCUGCCACUGCCCCUUACUGAGGCUGUCCUUAACCCUCCUCUCCCAUCCUGUGAUAAUGUCUGCUGACUUGGCCUGGCCAUUUGCAAGAGGCUGUAGAAAGAGAAUAUGUCAAGGAAGACACGUUGGGUGAGAAGGAGCAGAAAGAUGUCUUCUGGGGAGGAGAAGAGCCUCUGGGAGGAGCUAGUAGGAAUGUACAUGAAUCAUUUAGUCUGAAACUGGCUGGAAGCUUCAAAGCUGGCUUCCCGUGAAUGCUUAUUUCUCGUUUCCUCACCCUUUUAGCCCCAUCCUCCCCUGCCUCCUCCCUGGAUUGGUUGGCUGACUAAAGGACUUGAUGUACAUACUCCUGCCCCCUUUACCCUUAAAAGGUGGGGUUUGCCCCUGGCUUUGCCUCUUCUUUGUGCCUUUGGCCUGGGGUGCAUCUCCUCCUUCCCUUCCAUGUGCCUUUCUUUGCCUCUGCAGUCUCAUUUCUCAUGAUUUUGCAAGUUAAAUUUUGUUGCUUUCUUACCUACCGUUGGCCCUAAAUAGCAGAAAGAAGAGGAGAGGUGACCUAGAGAACCUCAGUCUCUCCACUGGGAAUUGGAAUAGCCUCUAAUUUUAGCCAUAGAAGGUUUUGCUUUCAAUAGUCUAUGUUGGGAUUUUGCAAAAAUCCUAUUCUCAUGAAUCUCAAAAUAAGGUUGGUGGGAGGAGUGAGUGAUGUGACUGACUCUACUCCUUAGUUGCCCAGAAUUAUCAUCAUCUUUUGAAGGGGUUAUAGGGAAGUCAUUUCCGUCCUUACCAGCACCCCCACCCCCACCCCAAUACCUCCUCCUUUUAGUUUAGUGUGGAUUAGCAGGUUGGGCUAGAGGAAUCAGCUGCUAUGCGGUUGAUUAUUAUUUUUUAACCCUUUCCCUUAUUGGUCUUGUACUCCUCCCUUUAAUCUAAAUGCUCUGUUCAAUGCAACUGGAAAUCUUUAUCCUCUUCUCUCCCCCUUCCCUUGUAUAUUGAGGCUAUGGGGUAGGAGAAAAGUGCACAACCCACCACCCCAUCCCUUUCCCCUGUGCGCUGAAAUUCCUUAUUUACACCCCACCCCCCACCCCGCACAUUUCUUCCCACUCCUUUUCUGGCAAAAAGGAGCCUUUUCUUCUCUGUGACCUAAGAGCAUACUGCACAGGGGAAAUUGCCCCCAUCUGGACCUGGCUCCACUCUUGGUUUCUCUUGUCUUCUGCUGCUCUUUUCCUGGUGCUCUUUUUCACGGUGGGGUGUGGGUAAUAGAACAGCCAUGGGCUUUUGGGGACCUAUAACUUUUUUUUUUUCCUUUUCAUUUAUAAAAACACUAAACAUUCAAUUCCAGAGAACCAAAAAUCCCACCUUCCCACCGAACACUACUAAGGGGCGUGUCUUCUGCUCCAUACAUUUUCUGUUUUUCUUUCUCUCUUGUUAAUGCUUUUAAAAACAAAUGAGUUUUUUUAUAUAAAUAAAGUUUUUAAAGUGUGUAUGUGGGGGGUCUGUGUCAUUUCUUCACUUUAAGCUGUAUCUCUUUUCUCCUUUUCAUCUUGGUUACUUCCUCAUGUAUCCGCGUUCUUUUUUCACCAGAGCAACCAGAAGGGGGUUGUACCAAGAUGGGUUUAUUUUGAGCUCAAUCCCAACUUUUAACAAGGAACAUUCUUUUUCUAAUUAUAUAUGAAACAUUUUUCUCUGAAGAUUCUUAAAAAUUAAAUGUGGAUAAGUGGAGCAUGGGAAGCUUAUUGCUAACUUAGAGAAAGGAAACAUAGUGAAGUAUAAAGAAUUAAUUCCUAACUUAAUCAUUGGAAUUCUUUUGCAGCAUUUGACAAAACUAACAUUGAAUAAAACUCAUUGCAAUAUAUGACCCUCUUGGACAUUUAUGGAUAGAAGAUUAGAAGCUACCGACUCUAGCUAUAAUCCUAAUAAAUAUGAAAAUGUAGAAUUGAAAGGCUACAUAAUGUAGCUUCUCAGGCUAUCUGUAAUCCAUAGUAAGAAGACAAGGGGAGCAGGCCUUUAUCUUCCUCUGUGUCCUACAAAGUAAUAUGUGGGUGGCUAGCAAAUACUUGUUGGAUUACCAGGGGUUGUCUUUACUGUAGAGGCAAAGGAUUAAGACCUAGGGAAAGAGGCUUAUUUUCUCUGGGACGCAUAUUUCCUGUUACAUUAUUAAGACUUUGAGAAUUUAUGUAAAAUGUUUUCUCUCUGUCCAGUCUUUAAAAAUAUAUAGCUGCCUCUGGUGAUGUUCAUGUCUCAAUUUUGUUGAAUUAGGUCUUGGGUAUGAAAACUUCCUUGGGCUAGUGAGACCAGGAUAUCUGAUGCCAUUUAAAACUUGCUUUGUGUCUGACAGUUGUAGUUUUAAGACUAGAAGGAUAAAGCACAGAGCCAAAAAGCUAUUAGAGUUUGCUUUACUAAGAGUUUUGGUAGCUCUGCUUGAGGUAGUUUUUUAUUGAUGUAGAAAAACCUGGCCACUGAUAAACAGCCUUUAUUUCUGUUGUGUUCUUUAUUAUCCGUUGGCAUUGAGCUAUGUACAAACCUUACUUUUCUCUCCUCUCCCUGGAUUGGUCCAUUCGUCUUAUCUCAUUCAGUGUUUACUCUGCAUCUUCCAUAUGCCAGGCAUUGUUGUGGAUGUCAGGUUUAGAUUAGAGCAUGAAACAUAUGGACCCUUUCUCAUAAAGAUUGUAAUCCAUGAGAAUUCUAUGCAGCUGAGGUCUGUGAUUAUUUAAAAACAUUUCUCUGCCCUUAACUAAAACGAGGUGUUAAAAAGAAUAAUCUGUAAAGUCCCCGUAUUGCUUAUUUCUUGACACUGACUUAUUAAUGCUUUUGAAGCCUCUUGGUAUCUCUUAAUACUAACUUUAGGAAUUCUGUGGAUUUUGUCAAGACCUGCCCAUUUAUUUCCCGAUCCUUUAGAGCCUGAGGUGUUUUUCUCCUGGUGGUGGUUAUAGAUGAGGCUCAACCACUCUUCUGUCUCAAUGAGACUUUUUAGUGAAGAUGUUUGUGAAAUAGCUGUAAUAAGCCUUGCUGUGACAUACUAACUGACAGCUCAGAGCUGUGACCUCACUUGGCCAGUUGUUCUUUUCUUGCUAAAGUAAUGAACUUUGUUACAAACUAGAAAUUUCUCACCCAGGAAGAUUUAAGGACCAGUUAUUCUAGAUCAUUACUUUUCAUUUUGUCUAUCUUUAUUUUUUGCUUUUUACAGCUACACCUGUGGCAUAUGGACAUACCCGAGCCAGGGGUUGAAUCAGAGCUGCAGCUGCAGCCUACACCCACAGCCAUGGCAACACCAGAUCCGAGCCACAUCUGCAAUCUAUGCCAUUGCUUGCAAUAACACCAGAUCCCUAACCCACUGAGCAAGGUCAGGGAUCGAACCUGCAUCCUCACAUAGACAACGCUGGGUCCUUAAUCAGCUGAGCCACAACGGGAACUCCAAUUUGUGUAUCUUUUGUCUGAAUUAUAGGAUAGUAAAAUUCAUCUUGCUCUUUUCGUAGAGUUAUAAGUACUUGGACCUAGCUUUAUCGAUCUGAGCAAGGAUGUAAGAAUCACCUGAUGUAUACAUGUAAGGAUAACUUGAUUCCCUUGCUGUACAGUGGGAAAAAGAAAAAAAAAAAAUUACCUGGGAAGCUUAUUAAAAAUGCGGACUCCCUUGCAUUUCCAAAAAUUGCUUCAAAGCAUGAGACACAGGAAUCCAAAAUCUUGUUAAGUAACCUAGGUUACCGUGAUGGCUGUGGUCAGUUAAUUGCAACUUGAGACACUGAUCUAAGACUUUCGUUUAAGAUUUCAGCCUCAAACCAGUCAUCAGGGAUGACUGGCUUCAGCUCCACUGGCAGUAAUACUGGUUUUAUGAUGGGUGUGGUGAUAAGCACAGUAGAGUUCAUAGAGGAAACAAUGUUUAUCUCAAAGGAAUGCAUUUCUUACUAUGGAAUUUGAGAUAAUAGUGACCGUCUGAGAAUGUAGCAUGUACAUAGGAGGAGCUUCUUUUGCAAAUCAUGUCAUGUAGAUAAGGCUCAGGACUUCCCGUUAUGGCUUAGUGGAAAGGAAUCUGACUAGUAACCAUGAGGAUGCAGGUUCGAUCCCUGGCCUCACUCAGUGGGUUAAGGAUCCGACGCUGCCAUGAGCUGUGGUGUAGGUCACGGAAGCAGCCCAGAUCUGGCAUUGCUGUGACUGUGUAGGCCGGCAGCUACAGCUCCAAUUCAUCCACUAGCCUGGGAACCUCUAUAUGCUGUGGGUGCAGCCCUAGAAAAAAAGAUAAGACCCAAGCUAAUGAGGCGAACUAGCUUUUGGUAUGGGGCCCUCUAGGACAUAGAGAAUUCCCUAAACCUGAUGGCUUUGAAGCGUUACUUCUGGCUACAAAGGGUACCUCAAUUGGGAAACAAGUGGUCCUAUUGGCUAAAGCCAAGGAGGGAUGUCUGAAAACUGAAAUCACUCCUGAGAGACAGCCUAUCUCAAGAAAGCACACAAAUACAAAAACAAACAUUGUAGAAAUGAAUUUUUUUUUUCUUAUAACCUUGUGACCUUUUGACUUUCCCAUUGCCUGUGUCACUUAAAGCAUUAGUUCCUCAACUGAUCCAGCCAGAAUUCAAGGGCAGACAUGGAGAGGAAGCUGAAGGAAGAGAGGUAGGGAAAGCAUCAAUAAAAAUAAUCACUUUGGCCUGUCUGCAUUAUUAUAUUCUGACUUAUUAUUUUUUAAUGUAGUAGGAAAUGACCAGUGCCAGCUAUACAAGAAUGAAUUGAGUCAAGAGCUUUAUAGUUGUUAGUGUAACUGUAGGAGCCAUAAGUAUUAUUGUAAGCGUGUAGCAACUAGCUAUUUUGUUUUAUUUUUAGCUGAGGAAAAAGUGCUAUGUUCACCAUAUGCAUUUCUGUCUUCAGUGUUGAAAAGGACAGGUUCUUCCACUUGUAUUGAGGAUAUAGAAAGGAUUAUGAUCUAUCUUUCCCCAGUAUCUAAUGGCCAAAUAGUCUGAAAGACAUGAGGCUUUUGUGUGUGAGGAAAAGGAAAAAAUGUCAGAUACCCAUGGCAAUAUUUCAGGCAUUCACUCUGCUCUUGUCUUCAAUCCUUUUUCCUUCCAUCUUUUUUUUUUUUUUUGCCUUGCCUGCAGCAUGCGGUAAUCCUGGGGUCAGGGAUUGAACUUGCACCGCAGCAGUGACCCAAGCCUCAGCAGUGACUCUGCAGAGCCACCAGGGAACUUCUUUUAUGCUGUCUUUAUAAGGCAAAAUUAGCAAUGGUGUUUUGCAAACUUUGGACUCUGGGCCUCUACAACCCAUUCUGUUGUCAGGAACAAGAGUAUGAGGAGUGUAGUAUGUAUAGCUGGAAUUAAUUCCAGCUUCUGUUUUUGGCAUUGUGGUGGAUUAGAUACUCUGAAUGGUACUUUCAGCAGAAACAAGAUCCUUGGUAAAAUGUAUUUAUUAAAAAAAUAGUAAUUCUGUCGUGGCUCAGUGGUAACGAACCCACCUAGGACCCGUGAGGAUUCAGGGUCAAUCUUGACCUCGCUCAGUAGGUUAAGGAUCCGACAUUGCCGUGAGCCGUGGUGUAGGUCACAGACAUGGCUCGGAUCCCGCAUUUCUAUGGCUGUGGCGUAGGUCAGCAGCUGCAGCUCUGAUUUGACCCCUAGCCUUAGAACUUACAAUUGCCAUGGUGUGGCCCUAAAAAGACCAAAAAAACCCCAAAACCAAACAAAACAUUAUAAGCACAUUACUGAACAAGCACAAAAGUAAGGAAAGAAUCCAUAGAUAUUCAAAAUGAAGUGAAAAUUAGAAUCCUACGAAAUAGGCAACUGCCAGAGCUAGCUUUUACUCAGUUUUUGCCAAACUCAGCAGGCUUUCAGCAUUUAGUUUAAUGACUGCUGGGUAUGGGAAAGGAACUGAAGGAUCUAGAAGGUGACUCUAAGUAAAGCUGGGAUCCCCUCAGUGUAAAGUUGAACAAGAAAUAAACUUGUUCUCUUGCGGCACCAUGGGUUAAGGAUCCAGCAAAAUCAUUGCAGUGGCCUGGGUUACUGCUGUGGUGAGGGUUUAGUCCCUGGCCCAGGAACUUGCAUAUGUGAAGGGUGUACUCAAAAAAAAAAAGAAUAAAAUUCUAUAGAAGAGGUGGUAAGUUACUUACCUCACACUUGAUGCCAUUACCUGAAAUCUGGGCUCACCUCUUGAGCCAAAAUACACAGCCAAGCCAAAGACCAGGAGAAGGAAAGAUUUAUUACUUGCAGCAAGUAAGGAGAACACCAAGAAUCUUUCCCAAAACAGUGUCUCUCCAAACAGCAAAAUUAGGGAAGUUUUAAGCUAAGGGUACAGGCAUAUCUAUGAAGGAACUUGGGCAGUCCAAACUUGAGUUCGCCGAAGCCAGAGAAAGUCAACCUCAUCAUCCCUUAGGUUCCAGUUGAUCUGGUGGCUGAGGGCCUGGGGAGUUUAAAUUCUGCAAAACAGCCCAAGAAAAUGCCUCAGCAUAAGCUUUAUCACUAAAACAGACCUGGGCAUCUCUACAACUGAUUUAUUAUCUUUGCUAUCGUUACUUCUCUCUCUCUCUCUCUCUCUCUCUCUCUCUUUUUUUUUUUUUUUUUUUUUGCUUGGCAUAUGAAGUUCCCAGAACAAGGAUCAAAUUGGAACUGUAGCAGCCAGCCUACACCACAACCACAACAAUGCCAGAUCCGAGCCACGUUUGUGACCUAAACCACAGCUCACAGCAGUGCAGGAUUCUUAACUAGUUGAUUGAGGCCAGGUAUCGAACCCUUAUCCUCAUGGAUACUAGUCCAGUUCUUAACCUGUUGUGCCAUCAUGGGAACUCCUAUCAUUACUUUUCUUGUCAGAUAACAAUUUGUUGUUCCCUUAAGAUCUUUUUUUUUUUUUUUUUUUUUUUUGUCUUUUUGCUUUCUUCUUGGGCCGCUCCCACGGCAUAUGGAGGUUCCCAGGCUAGGGGUUGAAUCGGAGCUGUAGCCACCGGCCUACGCCAGAGCCACAGCAACGCGGGAUCCGAGCCGCGUCUGCGACCUACACCACAGCUCACGGCAACGCCGGAUCGUUAACCCACUGAACAAGGGCAGGGACCGAACCCGCAACCUCAUGGUUCCUAGUCGGAUUCGUUAACCACUGCGCCACGACGGGAACUCCCCUUUAAGAUCAUUAUUAAUGAGACCUAUUCAAGGGCAAGUGUUCUGAUCAGGCUUAGAUCACAAAAUGGUUUUAGGCCUAAAAUGGCUUCUCUUAUGUUAAAAAACUAUCUGGGAGUUCUCGUGCAGCGGCUUAAGGAUCUAGCAUUGUCACUGCAAUGGCUUGGGUCACUGCUGUGGUGCCAGGAACUUUCAUAUGCUGUGAGCAAGGCCAGAAAAAAAAAAAAGCUUUGUCUGGAGCCCUACUCUAUCUGCUUAGAGCUGGUCAUACCUCCAGGUGAUUUCCUGAAGCAAAUGCAAUCCCUCUAAGGCUUCAGUUCCCAUAUGUAAACUUCCAAGGCAAACGAACAGCCCUGUUUAAAGAUUGUAAGGUGCUGGAGCUCCGUCAUGGCUCAGCGGUAGUGAAUCUGACUAAUGUCCAUUAGGAAGCAGGUUGGAUCCCUGGCCCCGCUCAGUGGAUUAAGGAUUGGUGUUGCUGUGAGCUGUGGGGUAGGUCAUAGACGAGGCUCAGAUCUGGCGUUGCUGUGGCAGCUCCAAUUCAACCCCUAGUCUGGGAACCUCCGUAUGCCGCAGAUGCAGCCCUAAAAAACAAGAAAAAAAUCAUAAGGUGCACAAAGAAAACACCACAAGUGAAUAAGGAGACAAAGACACACAAAAGCUCUUGCUUUUUAGGGCUGCACCUGUGAUAUAUGCAGGUUCUCAGGCUAGGGGUAGAAUCAGAGCUACAGCGGCCAGCCUACACCACAGCCACAGCCACGCCAGAUCCAAGCUGCACCUGCGACCUACACCACAGCUCACAGCAAUACCGGUUCCUUAACCCACUGAGGCCAGGGAUCGAAAACUCAUGGUUCCUAGUCGGAUUGGUUUCCCCUGUGCCACGAUGGGAACUCCAAAACAUUGUCAGACAAAGGCAGGGUUUUCCUCAGGUAAUAUAGGAUAUCCCGAGGCAGAAGUAAAAUGAUUUUAAAAGGAAGUCAGAUGCAAGAAGGAACACUGAACACAGAUAUUGGUAAGUAAUGGUGAAAGUGAGCAAGAAUUAACUGUAAAAGCAUGGUAUGCAAUUUGUUGGAGGAAAAUAAGGAACAGAAUUAAAAUCCUGGGCAACAAUAGUGUGUAACUUGGGGCGACUAGGACCCUAAUUUUCAUGUUCUUAUAUUCAGGAGGAAAAGUGAAGAUAUUAGGACUUUUGUGGAAUUGUACAUAGUAGCUAGAAGAACCACGACAGUAUAUCACCUUCAAACAAGUAGGGAAGGAGGGAAGAGGAGGGUGGGGGGAUUAGAUUUGGUACUGCCUCUGAUAGAACAAUCUAAGCUCCCAGGGUAUCAAUUAUAAAAGAGGUGGUGAGAGCCUACCUCUUUAUCACAGUACUGGGGCAGUAAGGGCAGAUGAAGUAGAUGUGUGCAGAAGAACAGGGAGUGAAGUGUAAGAAGGGCCAAGAGCACAGGUCCAAGAAAAUUUCCAUUAAAACAAAGUUAAAAUUAUUUGCUGGCUGGUGUGUGACUUGAUCAGGCUGACUUAAAGAUAAAAGGUCAGGAGAGAAUAUUUUUAUAUAUCGCUGACUGAAUUGCUGACUCCUGGAGUUCUUUAGGAUUUGAAACCUUAGUUUUACACCAGAGGAAGAAGAGUUAACAGAAGAUUGGAUCCAUGCUCUCAGCUUUCAGAUCCCAGCGUAAGAUUCAAAUAAAUACUAUAGGACGAUCAGAAAAAAAAAUCACCCCCAAAUGAAACAGAUCAAAGCAAAUUCUACUCUUUGCUGCUAGUUAUUUCUCUGAAUUGGGAAGCCAUGAAGGCUUUUUUUUUUUUUUUUUUUUGGCCAGGUUCAUGGCCUGCGGAAAUUCCUGGUCCAGGGAUCAAACUUGCACCACAGCAGUGACAAUGCUGGAUCCUUAACCCGCUGUGCCACCAGGGAGGUCCCAUACAGGCCUCUUAAAAAGCCAGAGAGUUCUCUAGUUUUCCUGCCCCUGGUGACAUCACCAGCAUUCUAGGAAACAAAUUCUCUAGUACUUCUUUCAGUUAUCUUUUUCAGGGCCUCCUUUCACUUCUGAAAUAUUGAUACGCCACCAGGGUUCAAAUCUGAUCUGCUUCUGACUUGAUACUGAUGGAAUUCCUAGAAAGGACACUGACUCAACCUGAUUCUUACUGUGUCUUCUCUGCAUUUUUAAAAGUUAGGCCCCAAGUUCUCCUGUAGGUCUGGUGGAUGUUUGACAGUGGACACUUGGUCACUCUGUGCUACUCCACUUUGUAAAGCGGUAACUCUGAGUAAUGGUUACAUCACUGCCAGCUGCUUUGUAACCUGCCUUUUACAUAAUGUCACUGAAAUGAUACUUUUCUAAAGUGAAAUCCUGCACAUUUUUGUCAAUAAAUAUUUUGUACAAAUGCUAGGACCAAAGGCUAUAUCUAUUUUUGAAGUGCUCCAGUCCCAGGAAUAGAGGUAUUAAAUUUAUAAAUCACUGUGAUAAGCAUUAUUAUAAUGAUGCCUUUCUAGGAUUAGAAGGGUGAACUCUGCUGGGAGGAGGGCAAGGCUUCACUGAGAGAUGAUGUUUUGGUUGGUUUGAAAGGAUACUAGUAUUCCAUCAAUUGCAGAAGAUGGGAAUCAUGCAGGACAAUCAGAAUAAUGUGCAAAACAUUUCAUCUAAUAAAUUCAGUAAUUGAAAUAUCACCAUUUUGCAGUACUUAAUAAAUAGGAUAAUUAUUAAUUAAUAAUUAUUAAUACAUGCUUGAUACUAUUUAUUAAUAGUAUUGAGAAUCACACCUGUUCACAUCACAAAAGGAGACAAUUGGCUACCACAUAAAAAGCGUUCUUCUGUUUGUUUUGUUUUUUUAGGGCUGCACCCAUGGCAUAUGGCAGUUGCCAGGUUAGGGGUUGAAUCCAAGCUGUAGCUGCUGGCUUAUACCACAGCUCACAGCAAUGUCAGAUCUGAGCCAUGUCUGCAACCACAGCUCACCGAAACGCCAGAUCCUUAACCCACUGGGCAAAGUCAGGGAUUGAACCUGAGUCCUCAAGGAUAUUAGCUGGGUUUAUUACCAUUGAGCCACGAUGGGAACGCCCCAGAGUGUUUUUUUUUUUCCUUUUUUUUUUUUUUUUUUAAUCAAGCCUGAGUCUGAUCAAACUGUAAGUCCAAUUUCUAUUUUAUAGGAAAUACAGAGAAAGUGGGAAACGUUAAAUGACACCAUGGGGAUGAAAUUAGCAAAAUGGAAGGGUUACAAAACAAAUGACAAAAAAUAAAUUAAUUGUAAGGAGAAAAAAGAUGGGAGUUCCUGUUGUGGUACAGCAGGAUCAGCGACGUUUUUCAGGUUCUAUUCCCGGUGGGCACAGUGGGUUAAAGCAUCUGGCGUCCCUUGCCUGGGAACUCCAUGUGCCACAAGGUGGCCAAAAAUGGAAACAAAAACAAAAAAAAAAAAAAAGGAAAAAAGAUGGAUACUUAUAGAUACUUACACUUUUAGAAAGACAUCAAUCUCUGUAGAUUAAAAGACAUCAGCCAGUCACAAUUAUGGGUCUUCUUUGGAUUCUGAUAUAAAAAUAACAUUUUAUGAGAAAAUUGGAAAUUUGAAUCCUGGAUACUUGAUUUUACUAAGUAAUUGUUAUUUUUUAGAUGUGAUGCUGGUGUUGGGUUAUAAUUAAUUCCUUGUCGAUUUGAACAGUGAGAUGAAAUUCCUUUUUUUUUUUUCCUUUUUAGGGCCAUACCCUUGGCAUAUGGAAGUUUCCAGGUUAGGGGCUGAAUGGAGCUAUAGCUUCCGGCCUACGCUGCAGUCACAGCAACGCCAGAUCUGAGCCCCAUCUGCAACCUACACCACAGCUCACGGCAACCCUGGAUCCAUAACCCACUAAGCAAGGCCAGGAAUUGAACCUGCAUUCUCAUUGAUACUAGUCAGAUUUGUUUCUGCUUCACCACAAUGGGAACUCGGUGUGAUGUAAUUCUAAUUGAUGAACUGUUAAGAGGAAGUUUGCUUCUGAGUAGUGUGGAGCAAGGGUGGAUAGAGGUAUACAUGAAAAGUUUUAAAAAAUUGUGAAAAACUAUUUGGGAACUAAUCGUUCCAAGUAGUUGAGGCACAGGGGUACAUAGAAGCAGGAAACGAGACUAGGAAGGGGAGAUGGUGGCAGCAGAUGUAAUACUUGGGUCAUGAAGCGCAUUUACUGCCAUCGCAGGCCAAUGGAUUUCAAACCACCGUGGCCGCCUGGGUUUGUGGUGUUGCCCCCCGUGGUGCUAAACAGAGAGGACACCAGGUCACUGACCUUUUUUAAUAAGAACAGCUUUGUGUUCUGUUUUAUUAAAUCAGGCUUCUCGGUGAUAUUUUAUUUAAAAACAGGAUUCUGAGGAUUUCCAAUUUUUUCUCUAACCAUUCGGGGAACACUUGACUAUUUUAAAGACUAUUACUUAAGUUGUCCUGCAGAAGAUUAGAGAGAAACCGGCUAUGAGAUUUGUGCUAUCACCAAUGAAUGAACGAUUUGUUUUGAGGGGAAUUUAGCUAACAAAGAUUUGGUCCAGGAAGUAAACAUUUUAUGAUAAUAUUUGUCAUCGUUUUUUCCUCAGUUCACAAAGGACAACCAAGAGGAUGUGGAAAUAGGCUCAUUCCUCUAACAAAGUCAGUCUCUCUGAGCAUCUGCUAGAGUACUGGCUGGAACCCAGUUCCCUCCCUUUUCCCCGUUUUGGCAGAGCCUGCUCCUUGCAGUCUCAGCAUCUUUGAGCACAGUCUCUAGGCUGGUCCUCCCGUGCACCGUGACUGAGAGUGCAGGGAGGUAGGGAAUGAUGCCAGCUAUUUGGGUUCAUGGUGACCGCCUCUAUCACUGCUGCCCUGUCUCAGCUACCGCCGCCUCAGACGUGCCCCACCACAUCUACCCGAGAGUACGUAGCUUCUUAGAGCAGCUGAGCUCCAGAUUGUAAAAGCCCAGAGGCAGCCACCUUUUCUUCCCUUAUCUCCAUGACCUUGGAGUCUGCCAUGACCUUGGAGUUUGCCUAGGAAAACCCACUGACCUUCCCUCCUAUUACUGUCCUCUGGAGCUGAUGUCUCCCUGACCCCUAUGCCUUCAAGUCACACACCCAUCCACCAAGUCCCUGUGGCUAAUAAAAAUUAGCUAUUAACAAUCCAUUCUUACAGUGAAAAUGGUUUAGAUAUAUCCUCAGCGUUCUCCACCCCCACCGGCUUUCACUUCACUCCAUCCUAGUUCUACUUGGUUUCUAAUAGAUUGGCUUUGUAGGUUUUGGUCUUUUUCUAAAACCUUGCCCUUGCCCCUCUGACUUGGUGCUUCCCAAGUUCUUUUUUGCUUUUCAAGACAAUUCUUAGCAGUCUUGAAUUUUGGAACUCCUUGAGAAUCUAAUGAUAGCUAAAGACUUUCUCCAAAAAGUGCAUACAUGCACAGUGUUUUGUCUAUAAUCUCAAUCUCUAGAUUUUUAAAGCUGUGCUCAAUGCAUCCGGAAUCCUUUUGGUGGUUGUGGUGGGAAUUGUUUGAUAAAAAUGCAGUGUUCUUGUCUCUACCCCUUACCUAUUAAAUCAGAAUUCCUGGUGGUAGAGUCGAGGAAUCGGCAAUUUAAACAGUAUCCCUGUUAACUCCUACCCCUCCCUACCCCUGCUUACCUUUUAAGUGCACUAAAAUUGAGAGAGUCUGCUCUAAUGGUUCAGUUUAUCAUCAUAGCCUAUCUUUUCUUCCCCUCCCAGCCACUUACCUAUGGCUACAGGAGUUCAAAUUCUAGAGUCCUGGUCCUCACCUAAAGAAAAAGACUACUUUUCUCUGGGGCUAUAGUGAAACCCCUUGUUAAAGAAACUCUAGAGCCCAACAAUGCGACUAGGUCUCUUUCAUUUCCAGGCAUGGUUCUAAAUUGAGAGAGCCAAGUCAUGUCUAAGAAAGCCACAUUUCCCCUCUUCCUUUCAUUCAUCUUUCAUCAAUUCUUUCUGUAUUUACUUUCCCCUAUCAUGAAUGGAAAUUCCCUGUUCUGGAGAUGCAGAUUCCCACCCAAGGCAAGAUGUCUUGUGCUUUUGCAUGUUUGUUUUCCUCAUCUCAGGUGUGUUAUUCAUGUGGCUAGCCAGUGGUCCAGAGUUAGAACCUUGGAAUGAGAUUCAGGAGCACAAUGCCCAGGAUUAGAAAUGGUAGAGGAAAAAGGAAAAAGUCUCAAACUGAUAGACUUCCUGACUUCUUUCAACAGGUGUUGUUUUAAAUCAGCCUUGCAGAUAAAUUAGUUCCAUCUUGGAGUUUCCAUCCUGGCUCAGCGGUAAUGAGCCCUAACCUGACUAGUACCCAAGAGGAUGCAGGUUUGAUUCCUGGCCCUGCUCAGUGGGUUAGGGAUCCGGCGUUGCUGUGAGCUGUAGCGUAGGUUGCAGACUCGGCUCGGUUCUGGCGUUGCUGUGGUUGUAGCGUAGACCUGUGGCUACAGCUCCAAUUUGACCCCUAGCCUGGGAGCCUCCGUAUGCCAAGGGUGCAGCCAUAAAAAAGAAAAAAAUUCUUUCCAUCUUUUUUCAAAGAAGUAGGACAGUGUACUUCCUUGGUAGAUCAAAAAUGUUGUGUUCCCCUUCUUACCCUUGCCAUAAGUAAAUAUGCCUAAUGAAAUAACAGCAACAAAGUGGGGUAGAGGAAUACAAGUAAACAGGUUUGCAGAGUUAAACCUAAAUGCUAGCUGGUCCAGGUACAUCCUUGAGGUUCAAAACUGACGACAGAGUAGGGAAGGCCAUUGAAUAACUUCCUUUUAAUUGAUUAUUUUACUGGCUAUAAAUUUUUAAUGUGAUAAUUGAAAAAAAAUUUAGAAAGUAUGGAAAGUUACUUUUUUUUUUUUUUUGGCUAUUCCUUCGGCAUGCAGAAGUCCCAUGGCCAGGGAUCAAACCCUUGCCACAGCAGCCACAAAGCCAGAUCCUUAACCUGCUGAGCCACCAGGGAGCUCCUGUUCUUGUUUUUUUAAAGCAGAAGAUAAGUCAGUUAUAAUCCUGGGUCCUACCAUCCAGAGGCAACUACUAGUAACAUUUGGCAUUCUUCCAUCUAGUGUUUUCCUACUUUAAAAAAAAAAUAAUAGAACUCAUGCAAUACAAACAACCCAGUUAACGGCUUUGCUUGUCUAACAUUGUUUUAUAACAUCUCCCAGUUAAUUAUUCAAGACCAUAACUUUUCAUGGCUGCAUGACUUUUAAUCAAAUGGAUAUACCAUUAUUUAUUUAACUUUUGCUCAGUUGUUGGAUACUUAGGUAUAAUGCUUAUGUAUAAUAUUAUAAGUAUUAUAGUGUUAUAUGCUAUAAUAAACAUCUUUGUGCA